UAGUAAUAGUGAAGCAAAUUAAACCGAGUUGGGGGAAGAAAUGUUCGCAAUUGAAUUGCAAGUUGCCAUUUCACACCGUAACUAACAAACACAUUGAAAUUUAACAAAGCAAAAGCCCCGUCAGUCCGUCACUCCCCACCCGAAACAGAGAAAGAAAAGAGAGUGUGUGUGUGUGUGUGUGUCGGGGAAAGAGAAAGAAACAAAGAAAGAAAAAAAAAAUGGCGGAGGUGGCGUGCUGUGGAACAAAGUUCUCGCUUUACGUGCUUGUAAUCAUAGGUUUGGUUUGCUUCGCGGGUCUUAUGGCGGGUCUCACUUUGGGACUCAUGUCUUUGGGAAUCGUCGACCUCGAAGUUCUCAUCAAGUCUGGUCGCCCUCAGGACCGCAUCCAUGCCUCUAAAAUUUUCCCGGUGGUUAAGAAUCAGCAUCUUUUGCUUUGCACGCUUUUGAUUGGGAACUCUUUAGCUAUGGAGACUCUUCCCAUUUUUCUUGAUGCACUUGUGCCUUCCUGGGCAGCAAUCGUUAUUUCGGUCACACUCAUCCUUAUGUUUGGAGAGAUAUUGCCACAAGCAGUGUGUACUCGAUAUGGAUUGACAGUUGGUGCAACAUUGGCCCCGCUUGUUCGUGUUCUCCUUCUAGUGUUCUUCCCAAUCUCGUAUCCAAUCAGCAAGGUUCUUGAUUGGAUGUUGGGUAAAGGACAUGCUGCCCUUUUGAAGAGGGCAGAGCUCAAAACUUUUGUGAAUUUUCAUGGGAAUGAGGCUGGUAAAGGAGGAGAUUUAACACAUGAUGAGACAACCAUCAUUACUGGUGCACUUGACUUGACUGAAAAGACUGCAAAAGAUGCUAUGACUCCCAUAUCAAAGGCAUUUUCCCUUGAUCUGGAUGCAACUCUAAAUUUGGAGACACUGAAUGCGAUAAUGUCCAUGGGUCAUAGUAGAGUUCCAGUUUAUUCAGGAGAGAAAACAAAUAUUAUUGGACUUGUUCUGGUAAAGAAUCUUUUUAUGGUUGAUUCAAAGGCUGCAGUUCCUUUAAGAAAAAUGAUCAUCAGAAAAAUUCCACGUGUUUCAGAGAAUAUGCCUCUGUAUGAUAUAUUGAACGAGUUUCAAAAGGGUCACAGUCAUAUUGCAGUUGUGUAUAGGGAUCUAAAUAAUACAACAGAAGCACUCAGAAAAGUCAAAGGUGGCGAUCAACAUGAGGUCAAAGACAGCUGCAGGAAGAAGGGAGAAAAGGCAUCCUCGGAUAAAGGUGGAUCGGAGUCAAAUGAUGGGUCACCACAGGUGAAGAAAAGUCCACCAGCAACUCCUGCUUUUAAAAAGCGACAUAGAGGUUGUUCGUAUUGCAUCAUGGACAUUGAUAAUUCCCCGCUGCCGGUGUUUCCACCAAAUGAAGUAGUUGUUGGUGUUAUUACAAUGGAGGAUGUCAUUGAAGAGCUUCUUCAGGAGGAGAUUUUAGAUGAAACUGAUGAAUAUGUCAAUAUCCACAACAAGAUAAAAAUUAACAUGAAUGCAUCUAACUCUAAGGACAAGGCUCCUGAUGCAAAUAUGGAGCAACCUUCUUCUGUAGCUGUUCAAGGGCACACACCAACGAACUCACUUUCGACAGCUACAUCUGUAACGGGCUCACCAACCACCAUUGAUCAAAUCUCUGAAAGUGAGUCACUCAGGAAUCAAUGAUGUAUCAAUGAAGAUGAACAGGAUAAUAACAUAGGUAUGUGUUGAAAAGGCAGAGUAGCAGUAUAGUUCCUUGUAAAAACUGUAAGGCAUUAUGUUAGUAUACAUAUAAAGAAAGGAACACCACCACCAACUAUAUAUAUGAUGUACCUGAAUACUAAACAUUUAUGAAUGCUUUGUUAAAAUUUGUACCAGAUUCAGCAAUAAAAUACUUGUUUGAAUUUGAGCAA